UAGAAACAAACCAGAGAGGCAGACGGGUUCAGGCCCCACCUACACCCCAGCCCGUCUCUCUCUCUCCACCCCUCAGCAUUCUUUCACUCAUAAACUCUCAGCCACGCAGAACAAAACUCCCAGAGCCCGUCGUUACCCAGCCGAGCUGCGAGGACCCGAGAGAGGACCCGAGUGAGGACGUUACAGCGCCCAGGCACAGCUCCGUGGACCUGACCGCGCCCGGAGCGCCACCUUCACCACCCCCCCUCCGUCCCGGCGCGCUCCUCUGCACCCCCGUGCUCCUCCGCCUCCGAGCCUCCGCGCACCACCCCGGCAUGGAGAAGGUGCAGCACAUGACGCGCGCGGCCAUCAGGAGGGCGUCCGCCAUGGAGGUGCCGCCGCAGGCCAGGCAGAACCUGCAGGACCUGUUCGUCAACUUCUGCCUCAUCCUCAUCUGCCUGCUGCUCAUCUACAUCAUCGUCCUGCUCAUGUGAGGGGGAGAACAGGGGACACGGACUCCGUCGGGGGGGGCGGGAGAGGGGCCGUUUUUAUUUAGGAGGGUCGUCUGUGUGACUUUAAUGCAUGCUGCAUGAUCCGUCUCACUGCUGUCUGUACAUGAUGCACGUACGAGGAAGCUGAGCGCCACGCCACGCCCGUUUAACCCACAUCACAUCCACACCCCGCCCUGAAGCUCGUGCACUGUACCAGCUCACUGUGAUCAACACUGAGACUACAAUAAACUAAGUGAUGUGAA